AUGAAGCCAAUCUGGGUUGCUUUGGCGGCUACUCUUACCGUGUUAAUGACGUCAUUCAACGGGAUGCCCGCUAAGACGGUUACGGACGCUGAGCGUUUAUUCAGUGACUUAAUGGUGGGUUACAGCAAAAUGUUCAGGCCUGUGUUGAAUGAGUCGAGACAGGUCGUAGUGUCCACAUUGUUGGAUCUCAUCUCUAUUCAAGAUUUUAACGAAGUCGAAGAGAAAAUAUCAUUUACUGGGCUAUUGUUCCUCGCAUGGAAGGAUGAGCGACUGGUUUGGGACCCUAAGGACUACGGUGGUAUUGAUAAUCUCUAUAUUGACGUCAGCAAGAUUUGGGUUUCACAAAUGAUGCUUACGAACAAUGUUAAUAAAAAUGAACGUUUGUCUGAGGACUGGCAUACAGUGAAAGUCAAUGCGUCGGGGGUUUGCGCGCAUCAUAUAGGCAACGUGUUUACAUCAUCGUGCGACGUCGACGUCACUUUCUAUCCCUGGGAUACGCAAACAUGCAGCCUUGACUUCAUGCCGGCAAACUACGGUGUUGAUAAAAUGAUUCUAUAUCCACUAUAUCACAAAGUUAAAUUGACCUACUACUCGCCUAAUGGCGCCUGUGAUCUCAUGGACACAAGCGUUACAUCAGAGCUUUACAGCUUCAUGGUUAGGUUCAAUGUCGUGUUAGAGAGAAAGCCCCGAUUUGCGAUAGUGAAUGUGCUACUUCCAUUGAUAAUUAUGUCCGCGUUGAAUAUUCUGGUCUUCCUGAUCCCUACGGAAUGCGGGGAGCGCAUCUCCUUUUGCCUGACGGUGCUGCUGUCCAUUGCGGUUUUCCUGACGCUCGUGGGAGACAAUCUUCCGAAAAACUCGAAUCCGAUGUCGCUGUUUAGCUACUAUCUGGUGUCGGUGCUCGUCAUCAGUGUCGCCAUUACGCUCGCCGUCAUAUGCAGCCUCCACAUGUACCACAGAAGUGAAAAGCAACAGCCGGGAGGCGCGUGGAGGGCCAUCGCUAUGUGUUUAGGGUGCUACUAUGUUCGGCGGACCGGGUCAGAGAGUGCUGACAGGACUAAUCGCAGUGACAAAAUCAAGUUUGCUCGGCCAGAAAACGCUUCCGAUAGAUCUUUCCCCGGCAUGCAUUCAAUGCCGUAUUCGAUCCACACCCAUCGUAGUGAAAUACUGUACCUACCUACACAUAGUAACGGGACUCCGCCUUCAGCUCGUCCCGAGGACAAACCCCUUCAGAACAAAGAAACGGACGACAGUGAUAGCUCAGUCUUGGAAAUCACAUGGGCAGAAACCUCCAUCUUUGGCUACACCUUUACACAUGAAAAGCCAUUGACACUCAGCCAGAAAGUACUUGAAUCUAAGGGUGAUUCCAAAAAGCUGUACAAAUUUGUGUCGGAGCUUACGGGAAGCAAGUCUGAGAACCCGUUGCCAACUGUUCAAAAUGAAAAUACUUUAGCUGACACAUUUGCUGAUCAUUGUAUACAGAAAAUAGAGACAAUCCGAAAAACUCUUAAAGACUUUGACAACUACACGCCGAUUGCGAAACAGAUUACCAUACUGCCAGCAAACGUUUCAAGCCGAUGCUAUCGGAAAAAACUGAAGCCAUCAACGAACUCCAAGAUUGUGCACAAGAAAUUAACAAUUGGAUGA